GCAGGGGUCAGCCCUGGGGCGCCGGGCCUGGCGGUGAAGAUGGCCUUCCGAAAAGCCUACUCCAUCAAGGACAAGCUCCAGGCCAUCGAACGUGUGAAGGGCGGGGAGCGCCAGGCCAGCGUGUGCAAGGACUUCGGGGUGCCUGGGGGCACCCUCCGGGGCUGGCUCAAGGAUGAGCCCAAGCUGCGCUGGUUCCUGGACCAGCUGGGCGGAGAGGUGGGCACCCAGCGGAAGAAGAUGCGGCUGGCCAACGAGGAGGAGAUCGAUCGUGCUGUCUAUACCUGGUUCCUCACCUUGCGGCAGCACGGCAUCCCACUCUCAGGUCCCAUCAUCCAGGCCCAGGCAGAGGCCUUUGCCCGCCAGAUCUAUGGUCCUGAGUGCACCUUCAAGGCUAGCCAUGGCUGGUUCUGGAGGUGGCAGAAGCGCCACGGCAUCUCUAGUCAACGAAUCUAUGGCGAAGCAGAGCCACAGCCUCCACCCCCUGCCUCAGCUCCAUCACUGCCCACUGUUAAGGCUGAACCAGACCUUGUGGGCAUCGGGGACCAUCCCUCACCAAUGCCACCCCCAACCCCUACUGAUGGGGGCUAUGGGGAUGAACAGAUCUACAAUGCCAACGUCACUGGACUGUACUGGAAGUUGUUACCUGAGCAGGCAGCACCACCUGGGGAAGGGGACUCUGGAAGUGGAGGACAGAGGUGGCGAGGUGACAGGGUUACAGUGCUGCUGGCAGCCAACUUGACUGGCAGCCACAAGCUGAAGCCUCUAGUGAUUGGGCAGCUGCCGGACCCACCUAGCUUGCGACACCACAAUCAAGAAAAGUUUCCUGCCUCCUACCGCUACAGCCCUGAUGCUUGGCUCAGUGCCACACUGCUCCGUGGCUGGUUCUUUGAGGAGUUUGUGCCGGGUGUCAGGCGCUACCUGCGGCGCAGCUGCCUGCAGCAGAAGGCUGUCUUGUUGGUGAAUCACCACCCUGGGCCCAGGCCACCAGACCCACGGCCACCCUCCCCAGAGGAAGGUGAGGAAGCUGGCAAACGUCAAAGGACAGCUGGUGGCCUGGGCCCAGGGCCAGCCGUGUGCCACCCUGAGGAGUUGCAGACCCCUGAUGGUGCAGUGCGGGUACUUUUCCUGUCUAAGAGCAGUGCCCGGGGUAAGAUUCCAGCACCCCUGGAGCAAGGGGUAGUUUCAGCCUUCAAACAACUGUACAAACGGGAACUGCUGCGGCUGGCUGUGUCAUGUGCAGGUGGAUCCCCUCUGGACUUUGUUCGUAGCUUCAUGUUGAAGGACAUGCUCUAUCUGGCUGGCUUGUCUUGGGACCUUGUCCAGGCAGGCAGCAUUGAGCGAUGCUGGCUGCUGGGUCUCAGAGCCGCCUUUGAGCCCCGUCCUGAUGAUGAGGAACGGCUGGUCCAGCCCCACCCAGGAGCCUCUGGGGAGGAUGAGGAGGCAGAGGAACACAGCAAGGUCCUCAGUGACCUAACACACUUGGCUGCCCUCACUUACAAGCGCUUAGCACCUGAGGAUGUGGCAGAAUGGCUGCACCUGGACGAUGGGGCCCCAGGCUUGGGGGAGCCCCCAGAGGGUGGGGGGGAAGAGGAUGAGGAUGGGGGAGGUCGGGAGCAGCCCUCCUGUGGGGGCUUCCCACCACUGGCUGGUCCACCCCAGGGGGAGGAGGAGGCUGGAACAGGAGGGCCAUCACCAGUGCCCACAGCUGGGGAGGCCAUUAGGGGUCUUGAGACAGCUCUACGGUGGCUGGAGAGCCGUGAUCCCCGGGAGGUGGGACCCUUGAAGCUGGUGCAACUUCGAUCCUUAAUCAGCAUGGCUCAGCGUCUUGGGGAGACAGGGCCCUAGUUAUGUAUCUCAUGAUGGCUGCUGAAGGGCAAGACUUAGAGAGUUAGGGAGCUGGGAUCCAACUGACCCCUUUUUACUUCUGCACCUUUAUAGGGGGAAGUUAAUAGGCUCCUAUCCCUUCAAUGUUGUGGGCUAACCCCUGCAACAACCUGGAGGGGACCACGAGCCUCAGAGAUAGCCAUGGGAGAAUGAUACCCUACUUCGAAAGUCACCAAAGGGGAUGGGACUAGGGGCACUAGUCACUACCAGUAAUGGCUGAGAUGCAACUCUUACUCAUCAGCAAAGAAGCACGUGGCAGGAAUGUCAGGGGCAGGCAACUUCAGGGCACAAUCGCUUAGGAUGGGGUAGCAAAGAGCCAUCUUAGCCAGUACCCCCACACACAUCCACAUGUGUCUGUACACAGGAGCCCUGGAGGCUCUAUCAGGGAGCAGCUUUCACUGUGUUCAAAACCUUAACCUUUCUGAGGCUCCCCAAGCCUAGAGCAGUGGCAGUCCUCUUUGAGGGUAUGUCCUUUUUAAUGCCACGUGUGAUAUAUCUGCCCUCUCACAUAGAAGGCCUUUCAUCUAUGUCCCCUCUUCACCGCCUUCUUGUCCUCUUCUGAGCAGGUUCCCGCUAUAACCUUAACCCUCCUUUCCUUUUCUCCUCCUCCUCCUUCCCAGUCACAUGCACUGGAUAAGGGCCUGCUUGUUCCUCCUCUUGCUGGAAGGAGCCUGUGAGUCCUGGUGCUGGGGUUAGCUAGGGCUUGCCAUAGCUUUUUAAUCUUCAAAAUGGGGAAAAAACUGACCACUUUUUAUAUAGAUUAAAAAAAAACCUAGAGCCAGUUUUAUAAGCCAGACCAUAAAGGGGCACCAGGGUCAGAAGCUGGUGAGGGGCUGGCUCUAGACUGGUCAGAGGAAUGAGAAGGAUGCUCCUUAAGGGAGGGAUUAUAACUCUGCCAUCCUGGGGCCGGGUUGGAAGGUGCCAGCCCUGAGAUGUUAGCUAAGUUGCCCUUGGGAGUUGAACCAAGAAAGAUCAUUCAUAUGAAAAAGUAGAUUUAGAGUGUCUGAGAUCACUCAUGGGUUUUGAAGAAGGGUUUUUUAGUCUGGCUGUGAAUGGGGAGACUUCUGUAGCAUUUGGGCUGUCCUAGGAAAUGACCAUAGACCCCAGGAUACAUCCCUAGUUUCUGUAACCAACUUGGGUUGUAGAUUUGUUCAACUUUUCUUGGUCUCUGGUUUUUGUGAAUGGGUUUUGUGUGUGGUUUGGGAUUUUGUUUUUGUUUUUAAAGAAAAAUAACACUUUCAACAGUUUUAUUAUA